GUAUCACAGCACUGGACAUUUGUCUUUCUUAUCUGAUUUACCCAGUUCAGUUCGUGGAGCCUCUACUAAUGAGCUGAUGAGUUGAAUCAGGUGUAGUUGAUAAGGGAGACAUCCACAAUGUGCAGUGCCGGUCGAUGAUUGAGAAGCACUGGUCUUUUAUGUUCUGCCUACAGAAGAUAUAGAUACACUCUUAAAAAAAUAACAUUUCAAAAGUGGGGUUUUCACAGCGAUGAACCGUUUUUCUUUCAGUGAAGUCCUCAAAACAAAUUUUUCCUAGUGCAAAGAAGGUUUUAAUACUCUACAGAACCAUCAUUUACUGUAAGGAACCUUUUGUGGAAUCGAAAGGUUCCAUGAAUGGUAAAGGUUCUUCAUGGAGCCACAGAAGCCAGUAAAGAACCCUUAUUUUUAAGUUUAUAGAGCACACUAUGCCUUUAAAUGUUUGUUAUACUGUUCAAGGCUACCUUUUGGGCUUCUUUCUUAUCACAUCUUGAGAAGAAGAAAGACCAUCACCUAAUGUCCUCGUGAUAUCAAAAAGGCUGCAUGUACAUGGAAAAGGCUUCAUGUUUACAUGAUGCAAAACAGAAACAGGAAAACUUAUGCAAGUUUUAUUCCAAAACCUGAAGGGGAGAACUUCAUAAACAAACACACAACUGUAGUCAUUGCUAUUCUGGCACACUGCCGAUGGGUAAUUGGUCAGGGGUAAUUCAGCCUGCUAGAGGGGGUAUGUAAGAGGACCCUUGAGGGCCCCCGACAGACUGUCUGACAUGGAGCCCGAGCCAAUGAGGAUGUUUUCGGAGGAAGGGUCUCUAUGUAUGGAAAUAAAAACUGCUUUGUUUUCCUGCAUAGCGACAGUAUCCACUAAGGUCAGCUACAAUUUCCAUAUCAGUGAUUUUAUUUACAGAAGGAUAGUAAUUUGGAGAGCAGGGUUAACGAGUCCAGGACUGUCACUGAAGGAGAUGAUGAUUAUUGUGAUGAAUUAUUGUUAUGUAUUUGUGUGUGUAUUGCUCCCACUUUAUUAUUUUUUUAAUCAUAAGCAGACUAAACAUUCACACAAAGACUUUAAUAGCCUUAACAAGGUCAAGAUAAACUUGUUUACGCAUGUUUGUUAGCUAAUAAAUUUAUCAGUUACCAACCACAACCUUCUUCACCCUCUGUGCCAAUAUCAAAUGCCCUUCUUUCGCCCCCAUCUCUUGUAUCUUUGAGCUCAUUGGCUGUCAUGAUAAGUCCAAGUGUAUUUUUAGCAUGCUUUCCUUUCAUAGGGGUGGACACAGGGUGAAAAUAGAUAUAUACAGACCCCUGCAAUAGAAAUCAAAACAUAUAUAAAUCUGCUGCUACCAACAAUACUAGAAGUGACAGAAGGUAUGAGUUUCACAACUGCGAAAGCUCAAACUGAUCAACAACCAAUAACGAGAGAAAACAGCAACCGAGGCCGCCAACCAGAAGAAACUGUCACAGAUUUAAACAGUGACACAGAUAAACAAAACUUUGAUUUGAAAAUCGAAAAUGGUGUGGUCAAAUACAAACUUCAGAAUGUAUCUGAAAGCCAACAGACCAGCAUGAAGGAUGAGAACAGCACUAAAGUUUCUUUGAUUAUUAAGAGCCACCGAGGAGGUUCAGCUUCAGUGGAGCAAAAUGACCCAAAGCCAUUAUCCAUUGUACCGAUACAAGAAAAUGUGGUUUCACAUAAGGUAUUGUUAGAGAACUAUGAAGGGAAGUUAUGUGAGGAACAACGGCCGAGUACAAAGCGCCAACUGUCCGCUGAGAGCGCGGCGAAGUCAGUCAGUGUAAGAAAGAGGAGCACUGUGAAAAAGAGCCAAGAAGGGAUUGUGAAACCCCUCUCAGCUGCCAGCCCUGGCACGCAGUCUGGGAGACCUUAUCUACCUGCAGUCUCCACCUCUCAGAGGAAACCCAGAAAAUUGCUGUUCUCCAGCACAGAUAUUUUCAGCAAAGUAGACACAUUCUCAAUUCAGAAAGGAAGAGAGUUGAGGGAGCAGGAAGUAUUUGAUGCUCAGAAGAUUGCUCGUGCAGUCACUGAGAGAGGCAGAAAUGAUGUGGAAAAACUCAGGGCCAUAUGGAUCUGGCUAUGCCAAAAUAUUGAGUAUGACUUGGAGGGGUACCUUGGUCUUUCUCAGAAGAUUUGCUCUUCUGAUGAGGUCAUCAGGACAGGAAAGGGUGUAUGUAGUGGAUACUCAGGCCUCUGUGUGGAAAUGUGCAGGGAGGUGGGCAUUGAGUGUGUGGAGGUGAGCGGGUACAGCAAAGGCGUUGGAUACCAGGCCGGGCACAGUUUAGCUGAGAAGCGUUCCGAUCAUGAGUGGAAUGCUGUCUUCGUGGGGGGUCAGUGGUGGCUGCUUGACGCUUGCUGGGGCGCUGGCACUGUGGAUAUGAAAAGCAAAACAUUUGUGAAGAGGUAUGACGACUUUUAUUUCCUGACUGAACCUAGUGAGUUCAUAAACUCACAUUUCCCUGAUGACCAGACCUGGCAACUACUUACCACUCCCAUCUCCAUGGAAGAGUUUGAAUCGAGACCCUUGAAGACCUCAGCAUUUUAUCAGUUUGGAUUGACCCUUUCACAACCCAAAGAGUACAACACCAUCACAGAUGGCGGGGAAGCAAUUGUGUCUGUGAGCUCCUCUAGACUGUUGACGUUUUCGUAUGAGAUGAGGCAGCGGGAUCCCCAGACUGGAGCUCUAAAGCAGGAGGAAGUUGACAGCUCCUGUGGUCUCCUGUCAGUGACUCGUCAAGGGAUGAAGUUGCGAUUACUGCCCCCAGAGCCUGGCGCCUAUGAGGUGAAAUUGUUCGCCCAGCGAGAGGGUGAACCUGGUCCUCUGCGGUGGAUUUGCUCUCUUGAACUGGUGUGCCCGAGUAUCCAGAAGAGGCAGGCCCUGCCUGAUAACCCAUACCUGAACUGGGGCAUAGCGGCAGGGGCAUUGGCACUAGGUGUCAAGGGUUGCAACUUCACAGGAGAAGAGGCCGUAGAGGUGGAUGAAGGUGGCGAGUGCAAGGUGAUCCUACACACAUCACGACCUCUGAUGAUGGUGUGCGAGCUCACGCACCAUGAGCUCGAAGCCAUCACUGCCAAGCGCUGCCUUGCGUCGCAGAUCACAGCAGAGCAGCUGGUGUGUAACGUCAUGUGCCCGUACAAAGGAUUUUACCGGCUGUCUAUAUUCGUGCAGGAUUACGACAGCGGAAGUGGGACUUUUCAAAACGCUGGGAACUACCUGCUGCACUGUCAAAGCCCAGGGUUGAACCCAAACUCUCUGUAUCCUCCAGACUUGGGCCUGUGGUGUGGUCCCGGGUUGCGUACCCAAAAAGCCGGACUGUCGCAUUUCAGCCACACAGGGGCAAUAGUGAACACACCCCAGGGCCGGUGCAACAUUACCUUCCACUGUGCUUCACCAGAGCUGCAAAUACACACGGCGCUCUGUGCUGAGCUGCAUGAGCAGGCUCAUUUUCCUCUCUCCCGAUAUGUACUCUUGACAUUUACAGAUACUAAGGUAACCGUAAGUGUGUGCGCGCCCAGAGCGGGAGUCUAUCGUCUUGGUAUUUAUGGACGCAAACCCCCUCAGCAGGACUACAUGUCACUGUGUGAUUUUAUAAUCAGGAGUGUGUGUGAAAAGCCUGGAGAUCCGUUUCCAUGUGUGUAUUCAGCGUGGGGAAGAGGGUGUGUGCUGCUGGAGCCCCGCACAGGUGUCCUGGCUCCACAAAGUUCUGUGAGUUUUCGAGUGCGGGUACCAGGUGCACAAAGAGUGUGUGUGGUGGGAGAGAAACAAACCGAUCUGAAGAUGAAUAAGAGCAGAGUUUGGGAAGGUGAGGCUGUCACUGGAAAUGCCGCACAACUCAAGCUCGCUGCUGUCACUAAAGAAAGCAAUGACAUGCAUGUUCUCAUGACCUUUGAUGUCCUUAACCUGAAGAAUGAACUGUGAACAGAACAGACUGUUGUCUAGAGGACUAAAGCGCUACGGUCACACUGCAGUUCAAUGUGGUCCAACAGAUUUUUUCAAUCAACACAUUUAUUUGAUGAUAGUGUGAAGAUCUAUUUAUCCUUCAUAUUUAGAAAUAAAUCAGAAAUAAAUCUGUUGUUUACCAAAACUAAAAAAAAAGUUAAAGAUAUAUAAAUAUUUACAACAAAAUAAAGGAACAUGAGAAGAUAAACUUUUUAAAAUAAUUAGAGUACAAAUCUUUUCUUUUAUUAUUAUUCUUUAAUUAAAGAUUUUUUUGUUGUUAAAUUUAAUUAGUUUUAUGCCUGAAAGAAAACAAAUUUGUUAUUGAAAUAUGAAGAAUAAACUUACAGUAAUUCAAUGCAUGAAUAAAAAAAUAUAAUGAGCAUCUUUAGUUUAUUUUGUUAAAUAUUUAUUGCAACAAGCCUUAUUAUAGCUGGGAUUUUAGAGCAGUUUAUGACCGACAUUUAAAAGAUCUUACAAAAAAAAAAAAAUUUCAUCACAGGUAUAACUUACAUUUUAAAAUAUAUUUAAAUACAAAAAUAGUUUUGUAAUAAUAUUGUUUAUAUUAAUAUUCACAAUAUUAAUGUUUUUACUGUAUUUUUUGAUCAAAUGCACCCAUGGUGAGCAUAAGAGAUUUUUGCCAAAAACACGUGUAUGAUGUUUGAUCAGAAGUGAAAUUGGGCAGUUUGUCUUGCGGUGUAAGCGUAAACUAAAAGAGGAGGAAAGAACAGGGCAAAAGCAUAUCUAAGAUCUCCAGGUCAAAGUGUGAUAAUGUCCACACACAUUUUCAAAAUAAGCUGUUUCUUAAUGACAUUUAUGUCAAUGUAUGCGUGUGCAUGUUAUAUUUGCAUGGUGACACAAAGAGUCUGUAUCCUCAACUGCUCUUAGGCUCUGCAAGUAUCAGGGACAUAAAGUGACUACCAGAUAAAAGGGCUCUCUGGCCUCCAUGUUUAUGCAAUAGAAAGGACUAUUACUGUCCAUCCUAUACAUCAGUCCCUGGCAGUGAUCAAAAGACAGAUGACCAAACAACUGCCACAUUCAAUGGAGCCCAAACAUGGUUCUGCAUAAUGCUAGCAAUACCAAGGUCAUGGGUUUGAUUCCCGGGGAAUGCAUGCAUUAGCAUAAAAUGCAAUGUACUGUAAGUCAAUUGCAUAGAUGUAAAUGUUCAAUCUUAAACUGCAAUUCGUAUAUUUUUAUUUAAGAAUUUAAGAUUUAAAUUGUUGUAUAAUUGUAAUAAAUACAAAUGCUUAAUGC